AUGAGUACUAAAAGAAAACGCGUUCCUGAUGCCGAACCCGAUAGUUCCAAAAAGAAAAAAGGACGUUUGAGUUUGGCGGAAAAACAAAAACGAGAUGUGGAAAUGCAAAAAGGUGAAUAUGUUGUGACAAAAUUGAGAAAAGCGAUGAAUCCGGAGAAAAAAUUGGCAGCCGAAGCUUUUAUUCGACUUCCUUCAAGGCGGUAAGUUUUUCAAAUUUAAUUUAAAUUUUCCAACAAAAUCUUUUCAUUUUCUUCUAAUUAAAAAGUUUUCAGACUCGAGCCAAAUUUCUACGAAAAAGUCCAAAAUCCGAUCGAUUUCACUACAAUUCAAGUUCGAUUAAAAACCCCAGAUUAUAUGAACUUUGAAGAGUUUUGCGAAGAUAUUGACCUACUGAUUAAAAAUACGCUGGGAUAUUAUAAAAAAGACUCGGAAGAGUAUAAAGAUAUGAAAAUUAUUGAGCAAGUUUUCGAGGAAUCGAAGGAAAAAGUUGAAAAUGGAGAAUAUGAAGAAGAUCAGGAGGAUGAAGAUGAAAAUGAGGAAAAUAGUGGGAGUGAUAAAGUUGAUGAGGAGGAUAAUGAAGAGAGGUUUGGAAUUUUUGAAUUUACACAAUAUACAGAAUAUUUUGAUUAGAGACAACGUCAAAUUGAGAGAGCGUAGACAACAAUUUUUUUUUUUGAAUUUUUUGUUCGCAAAAAUAAUUUUCUUGUCUAGACCCUCUCAAUUUUUAUGCUGUCUCUAAUCAAAAUAAUAUUUUGGUAUAUCAAUUAAAUUAAAUUUUUCAGUGAUUCUGAUGAUCGUGAAGAAUCUCCAUUCGAAAUUGAUCUUCCAAUGAUCGAAACAAUCUUAUUAUCAAUUCUUGAAUGCACCGAUAAAACUGGUCGUCUUUUAUGUCCACCAUUUCGAGUUCUACAACCAGAAGAUGAAUUUCCAAUUUAUUAUGAGAAAAUCAAAAAUCCGAUUGACUUGAAAACAAUUGCUGAAAGAGGAAGAGAGGGAAAAUAUCAGACAAUGGCUGAAUUGAAAAAUGAUUUGAAAUUAUUAUUUUCGAAUGCGCAAACUUUUAGUGGAAAAGGAACGGAUAUUUAUAAAGAUGCGGAUCAAUUGAGAAAUUGUAUGAGAGAAGAAAUGAGAAAAGUUGCCGAGAAACGAAUUCAUCCGCUUAGGUUUGUUUUGAAGGGGUUUUGGAGGAAAAUUGGUAGAAAUAUUGAAUUUACGAUGCUGAAAAGUAUCCAAAAGUCAAAAAACACCGAGAAAAAAAAUUGUUGAUCAAAAUUUCUUCGGAUUUUAGGAUAAUUUUCAGCACGCUUUUCCACUCUUCCGAAUAAAAAUCAAAUUUUCAGACGUCAAAAAGCUCAACGUCUCGUCGAUUCACUUUUGGAAGAAUCCGCUGGUUCGGACAAUUAUUCCGAAGAUUCCGAAGAAGACGAGGACACUGAAAAUGCCGAAGAUCCACUUUGGCAAUUAUAUUGGACAAUUCGAAAUGCGAAACACGAAAAAGAUCGGACAAUCACACUUGCCGACAAUUUUCUGGAAUUGCCAAGUAAACAAAUGUAUCCGGAUUAUUUUGACGAGAUUCAAACACCGGUCUCAUUAUUUAUGAUCAAUAAGAAAUUGAAGAAUGGAGAUUAUGAUAUGCGUGGAUUGGUUAGGGAUUUGUUGCAAAUGUAUUCGAAUGCUUGCGAAUAUAAUAUGGAGAGUUCUGAGGUUUAUAUCGCUGCCAAGAAAUUGGAGCAAAUCACGCUGAUUACUUUGAAAAAGCUCUCGCCGGAAUUGGCAAAUGAAUUUGCAUCAAGAAUGUAUGUUCCACCAACACAAGUAGCAAAUUCAAACAAUCAACAACAACAUCGAAGUCCACCAAAAGGUCGACCACGAAUAAAAAUGGAAUAUGAUUCAGAAGAUAGUCGAACUCCGCCACCUGUCGCCAAACGAAAAAAAUCGCCGAAAAAAUCGAGUGAACCGGGAUAUGUUGAGACACGUGGAAGAAAGAGUCAUUUUGAGAUAAAUGAGAUAAUGAAAAACAAACAUAUAAUGUUGAGCGUUUGGACAGCGGUUCAUCAAUUCAAACCUGAUCCAAAUGGAAUGUAUUGGCCGUGUGGUGCAUUUAUUCAUGUACCAUCACAUAAAGAAUAUCCGGAAUAUUAUCAAGUUAUCAAAUAUCCAAUUGAUAUGACGAAAAUUCGCCAAAGAAUUGAUGGAAACAAAUAUAAAGUGGCUGAACAAAUGGUUGAUGAUAUGAAGGUUAUGUUUUCGAAUGCGCGGGAAUUCAAUGAACCUGGAUCGCAGAUUCAUCAGGAUGCUUGUAGGCUGCAGGAAGUUAUGCGAAAUUCGUAUGAGGCGAUGAUGAGUGCGGCGGCUGCGUUGGGAAAUGUGACGCCUGGAAGAUUGUGAGUUUUUUCGGGAAAACACUUGGGAUACGGAGACAUUGAAAGUUUUUAUUUAAAAAUUCCGAAUUCUUCAAUUUUUGAACAGCCUUAGCCCAGGUGUUCGAUAAUUUUUUCCAAAAAAACAACAUGUUUUGGAUGCGCAGAUGUUUUUCGAAGAAAAAAAGAUACAUCGUUUUAGGAAAAAUUUCUGGUUGUAAUCCCAAUUUUUUUGAAUUUUCAAUUUUCCAAGAUAACCCUAAAAUUAGAUUUUGGCUCAAGAAUAUCCCGAAAUCUAAUUCUGUAAUCUUGUCUGGAAAUUGCACGAAAUUUCACUGUUUCAACAUUUUUAUGAAGUUUUUCAACAUUGAAAUUUAAUAUUUCAAAAUAAUAUUUCAAAGUUAAAUUGUGUCAACUAAAUUUUCAAGUGUUAUGCAAAAAACUAUAUAAUUAAAAAACUUCAAAAUUUCACUGUUUCAAAAAUUGCAUACAUUAUUUCAUAAAGUAUUUAAAACGUUAGUGUCUUUUUAUUGGAUAUAUUCAGGAAAAUUAUAAUUUUCAGAAUAAAAAGUUCUAGCUAAACUUCGAAAAAUGAUUUGUAAAAUUAUGAAAAAUCUAAAAUUUCACUGUUUCAAAAGUUUCAUAGAGUUUUUGGCUUCUAGUUUUCAAACAUUGUUAUUCCUUCUCCCUUGUCAAAUAAAAUUUGCAAUGUUUUUUCGAAAAAUCCCAAUUUAUCUCCAGACUGAAGGCGGAAAAUAAUCAGUAAAACUGUAAUUUUCAGAGUGAAAAAUCUAGCUUAACUUUCGAAGAAUUAUUUGAUAAAUCUAAAAAAAACCCAAAAUUUCACUGUUUCAAAAUUUGCAUAGAGCUUCUGGCUUCUAGUUUUCAAACAUUGUAGUACCUCUCUUUUCUCAAAUAUAAUGUUCAAUGUUUUUUCAAAACCCAGACCAGGGACGAAAAAAUAAAAUUUUCAAAAUAAUAAAAUCCAGCAAAACUCCAAAAAAAUGAUUUGUAAAAUUAUGAAAAAACCAAAAUUUCACUGUUUCAAAAAUUGAAUAGCGUAUUUUGACUUUUAUUCGAAAACAGUUCGUAGCCUGAUUCCAAUGAAAAAUAUACUCCGCUUCAAAAUUUUCAAAGUAAUAUGUUUUCAGACAUCCAAAAGGCGGAAAACCAUCAGCAAAACGACGUGCACAUGAAAUGGAAACUGACACCGAUGAAGAUUCCCGUGGUCCACCAACACCAACGAUGGCAAUUCGAAAUCCGUACAAAGCUGCAACUGGUUUUACCCCACAACCUGGUUAUACUUAUCAACAACAUCAACAAAGAAUCGAGCGAGUUAUCAACGAAUUUCCGGAUGAAGAAGGAAGAAUGUGGAAAAUGUUUAAAGCCAUCAAAGAAUUCCGAGAUAAUGAGAAUCAACGACUGUUAUCUUUGAAUUUCUGGAAAUUACCAACUCGCGAAGAACUUCCCUCAUAUUAUGAUAUUAUUAAGAAACCAAUGGAUCUUACUAGAAUUCAGAAUAAACUCAAAUCAAGAUCAUAUUUAACACUUCAAGAUGUUUAUUCGGAUUUUAGUCUGAUGCUUUCAAAUGCUUGUAAAUUCAACGAGCCGGACUCGAUGAUUUAUAAAGAAGCGGUGAUUCUUCAAAAGUUGUUGUUUGAAUUGAAAAGAGAUUUGGAUCGUGGUGAAAAAGUGCCGAAAAUCCAAGUUGAACUUCGCACAAUCUUUACUUCGAUGUUUGCCACGAUUUUUAUGAAAAAAGAUGAGGAUGGAAAUUGUUAUUCGGAUAGUUUUGUGGAAUUGGCGGAAUUAUUGAAGAAUAAAGGAGUUCCGGAAAGUGAAUGGCCUUAUACUUUUGAUCAAAUUAAGAUUAAUAUUGAUAAAUGUCGAUAUCGAAGAUUGGAUCGGUUUCAGAAGGAUUUCUUUAAUUUGUGUGAAACUGCAAGAAUGGUUUCGAAAGUUGGAUCGGAAAUAUAUGAUGCUUCGAUUGUUUUGCAAAAAUUGUUUAUUUCUGAAAGAGAUAAACAAUGUAAAGAAUCAAUCAAAUCGAAUGCUUAUAUUGUUAUUGAAAAAGAUAUUGAUGAAGCUAUUGAAUUUGAAAUUGCACAAAGAGCAAAAGAAGAGGCGAAUGAGGAUGAGGAAAGUACGUCGGCGGCUGCUAUCAAGAGACAUGUAAGUUUUUUUUUUGUUUGGAAAUUCCAUAAUUUUUGCACCAAAGUUCAUGUAGAAUUUAGAAAAUGCUGAAAAUUUGGCGGGCCAAGUGGAAAUUUUAAUAUUCAAAGAGUUUUGGCACCAAAAAAAUCUUAAUUUUCACUCUGCGCGAAUUUUUUCCCCUUAAUUUUUGGCCUCAUUUUCUAUCGAAAAAUUUUACAAUAUUUUUGGUCUGAAAAGGAAACGCGGUAUGCUCAUCAAAAAAUUUUGAAAACGAAAAAACUUUAACGAAAUUUUGAAACAGUGAAAAUUCGAGAAAUAAUUCGUUUCACAUCAGAGGAUGAAUCAUUAUAUUUUUUCAUCAAAAAAUUAUGUGAAAAUUUUGAAACAGUAUAAUUUUUACGAAGAAGAGAAAAAAUGUCGUAAUUUUUUUGUUUUUAAAAAUUAAAUUCAUUUUUUCACGUGACCUAGAAAUCCUUCAAAAAAUCUUCAUUUCCAAUGUCAAUUUUUCAGGAAAGCGAAGUUGACGUGAAAAAAGUAACACACGAUGGCGUUGAAUAUUCUCCACCUUGUUAUGCUUAUAUUUCGAGAACUGAUGAACGAAAAAGUCCACUUCAUAUUUUCCGAAUUGAACGGGUUUUUAUGUAAGCUUUCUUCUGAAUUUUUCACCUCGAAACUCUCUUUUUUUUCAGAAAUGAAAAUGGAGAUGAAGCUGUUCAAGGUCUUUGGGUUUAUCGACCAGAAGAAACACUUCAUUUGGCCAGUCGAAAAUUCAUGAAAAAAGAGGUAUUCAUCACACCAUUCCGGGAUACUGUAUUGACUAAUCGACUUCGUGGAACUUGCCUUGUUGUCAGCUAUCAAACAUUUGUUAGCAGAAAAAUUGGGGGAUUCGAGGAAGAUGAUAUUUAUGUGUGUGAAUCGAAAUAUUAUGGAAAACCCAAGUAUUUUGGAAAAUUCAAAUGGCCAUAUUCAGAAGAAGAUGAGGAAUUAGAGAUUGAAAAAAGGGAUCGAUUAUUGUCGCCGAAAAGAUUGACAAGUAAAGUAGAGAAGAAUUCAGAAGAAGGAGAAGAUGGAGAGAAAAAAGAGGAUUCAGAUGAUGAUGAUGAUGAAGCUGAUAAAGUUUGUGAAUUACAAUUGGAUAUUGAUCGAGAAGAGACUCUGGCAACAAGUAGUUCGAAUAAUGAAGAAGUUGAGGGACGAAAUUAUUUCGCACAAAUCAAGACGAAAACUGGCAAAUUCUAUACGAUUGGACAAUUUGUGUUGGUUUUCAAUGCGAAUAAAGCGCUUUGCGAUGUGAUGAGAAUUCAUAAAUUGUGGCGGGAAAAGGAUGGAAGUGAAUGGUUUUCGGGUUGUUGGUUUGCGCGGCCGAUUGAGACGAUUCAUGAUAAGCAGAGAUAUUUUUUUGUGAAAGAGGUGAGGAAUUUUUGGUUAGGAUUUUUUUUGGAUUUUUAGAGCUAAUAUGGCUUCAAAUUAGAAAGAGAAAUUUCAAAUUUUUAGGUAACAUGAGCAAUGCAAUUUUUGAGUCAAAAAACCUUUUUGGAGUUUUGUUCAAAUAGUUUUGACGUGAAUUUUUGGAAACUUAAAAGCUGAUUGCUAUUAUCUCAAAAGUUCACACAAUAAUAUUAUGCAAUUUAUGAAACAGUAAAAUCUUUUGAAGAUUUUUAUCACAGGAAUUUUGAAAUUUCUUGGAAAUUGACUCUAAAUUCACGUUCAAUAUAUAUUUUUUUAAUUUUGAAUCCGUUGGACUAUUCAUUAUCUCAAUAAUUCACUCAAAAAUCUAAUUUUAUUUUUGAAACAGUGAAAACUUUCAACAAGAAAAUCGCUUUUUUUGGAACUAAUUUUUUUUAGAAGUAUUUGAAGCACUAUUUCUAAAAUUUAAGAAAAUAUUCUACAUAAUUUUUGAAACAGUGAAACAUAUAUAUUUCCGAAAGUAUCUAUAACAAUAUUUUCUAUAUCGAAUCAAACACCUUAUUGAUCAUCUAAAAAUUCACAAAAUAAUUUAAUUUAAUUUUUGAAACAGUGAAAGUUUUACAAAAAAAUUCACUUAUAUUUUCGAAAUACAAACGAGGUGAUACAAUUUUAAAAAUCGGCACAUACAUGUUUUUCUCCCUGCCUCCCACCCUUUUGUAAAAAAAUUUUUUUGAAAAUUUUGACUUUCCGCCCAAAUCAAAAUUUUGAUUCGGGCGGGAAAAAACUUUUGUAAAAAAAUUUUUUUUUUGAAAAUUCUGAUUUUUGUUUAACACUAUGAUGAUUUAAAAAAAAUCGAAAAAAAAGUUAGCCGGACCUUAAAAUUUUUCUCGGAGUUAGUCAGCCCGUAACUAUGGAUAAGUCCAGGGAUAAAACUUGUAUGAAUCAGCAAUUCGUUUUUCUAUUUUUUUUCUCAUAUUUUUGAAACAGUGAGAUGAUUUUAAAUUAUUUUAUCACCUCAAAAACGUUAUAAAAAUUUUUUUGCAACCUUCAAAAACCCUUUCCCCGUUUCCAGGUAAUUGCUGUGUAUCGCAACGACGAAAUUCGCGAAAUUUCGGAAAUUCAAGGACUUUGCGACGUUUUACCAUCCAAAAAUUAUAUUCGCUAUCGACAAACUGAUAUUUCGGAAUGCGAUGUUUUUGUUUGUGACGCGAUGGUUUAUGGAACAAAAGACACUCCGGAUAAUUGUCUGAUGUUUGAAUCGGUGAGAUUUUCAGGUUUUGAAACUGAAAUUUAAUUGAUUUUUUGCAGACAAUCGAAACGAAUGCUCAAGAAAUUGUACCAAUGAAUAUGGAUUUUGCGAAACCGAUUAGAAAAUUGAAGGUGAGCUGAAAAUUCUGAUUUUUGAUUUUUUGGCGAAAAAAAUGAUGAGGGAAAAAAUUAGAAUGAAUUCAAUUAUUCGUUGUGGAAAAUCGAUAAUUUUUGAGGGGAAAAUGGGUUUUUCAAGAGAAAUCCAAAAAAUAUUGAUUUUUGAAACGGAAUUAGAAUUUUCAGAAAAAUCGAAAUUUUCAUAAUUUCCUCGAAACUUUUGAGCCAAAUUCAACAUUUUUGAAUUUUUACAAUAAUUUUGGACAUUUUUAUGUCAUAAGCUGAAAAUCUGAAAUUAUUGCCAAGCUCCGCCCCUUUUUCCCAGCCUUCUGAAAUUAAAAAAAAACCAGAGUUCUUCAAUUUUUUUCGGAAAUUGAUGAGAAAGUUUUUGAAGGUCUGAAGGUUUUUGAAUCAAUUACACGAUAAGUUAAAAUUGCAUCUGAUCCCCUGGGAAAUGGGGAUAAUUUAAGCUGGAAGCCUCACAAAUUUAUAAUUGAAAAUUACACUUGCUCAAGCUCCGCCCACUUUAUUGUGCUCUUUUUUUUCAUAAAUCCCAAGUCUAACUAUAUUAUGAUGAUGAUGAUGAUGAGAAAAAUGAUAAAUUUACUAGCCUGCUUGCUCUCUCGUUUUCUCUUGUGAAACCCUUUCCCUUUUUCCCCUUCCCCUUUUCUCCUUCCAAUUUUCCCAUUUCGCGGGUUUCUCUGCCGUCUCUUCUACCGUCUCACAUCUCUCGUGUUUUAUUUGCAAAUCGACGCGCACGCGCGCGGCCUUUUCGCAUCGAUUGAAAAGAGACGCAGACGUGCAAAGACAUGAGAGAUUAUGGAGAAAUGAGAGAGUGCAGAGAAGCAUGAAGUAAGAGGCAGACGAUGGAAGGCGAUGUGGGGAUGGGGGACAGAAAGAAGAGCGUCGAUUUUGACAUUAUGUGUAUAUGUGUGUGUGUGGGGCUGCUGCUGCUAGGCUCUUUUCUUUUUCUUUCUUUCCGUUUUCGUUGUUGUUGUUAACUGUUAGAUGGAAUGAAUGAAUGCUGCCUGCUGAAGGUUUUUUUUCGGCUGCAGCAGCAUCUUCUUCUUUUCCUUCGUUGUUGUCUUCGUGUUCGCGCGACAGUAUCCUCCCCUCCGCUGCAGCGGGUACCCUUUUUUCCCCUCCCCUCGUCGCCCACCCUCAGGCAAAGAAGUCAAACAGACAGCGGUGGUCAGCGAGAGAUAGAGAAGGAGAGUAGUGGAUCUACCUAGGUGGAAACAUCGCUGUUUGACCAGGCAGUUUGCACUAGAUUCUAGUCAUUGAAUGCGAAGAUUUUUGGGAUAAUAUUUAGUGACUAGGUUUUUUUUUAAAUUUAGGACUUUGGAAAUCUUGGAUCGGAAAUUCAAGAUCAUCUUAAUUUUGGUCUAAUCGAUGAUUUUUGAACGAAAAUUGUUCCCUGAAUUUUUAUGACGAAAUCAAAAAAUCAAAAAUUCUGAUUUCUAACAUUUUUGAACCAUGAAUUUUUGGCAAGCGAAAUGUUGAAUAUUUUAAUUUUUCAACGAAAAUUUUUAGAUAAUUGAUUUUCGGCCUGGAAAUUUUAGGACGAAUUUGGAAAUUCUGAUUUAUCACGUUUUCUCGCGAAAAUUUUGGAAUCAUUAAUUUUCUGUCGAAAUCGGAAAUGCUGAUUAUUUGCAUUUUCUAAUGAAAAUUCUGAAAUUAUGAACUUUGGCCUAAAAAUUCUCAAAUUUUCCGAUUUUUCACAUUUCCCAACGGAAAUGGACAAUUUUCUGAUUUUAAAUUCAAAAAAUCGUAGAUUUUCCUCAAAUCUCACUUUUGAAUCAAAAAUUUUUGUACCCUCAUUAAAAAUUCUAUUACCCGUUUUUUAGUUUUCAAACAAAAAUUAUCGAUUUUUCCCAAAAACCACUUUCCCACAAACCCUGGUGCAAAAAUCUGUUGUUGUGAAAAUAGUUGGUGUCAAGAUAGACACUUUUAUUGUUCUUUCUCUCAUAUCAUUUGACCUACUUGAGCUCGCCAAGAUUUUCUUUAUUUUCUCUCAAAUAUUUUUAAUUUUCUAUUUUUAUUUUGCAGCAUUUCCGAUUGGUUCAAUCGAUCCCGAAUGAAGAAUUGUUCUAUUUCAAACAAUCAAUAAUUAUGGAAAAAGAACCAUCGCCAUUAGUAAAAACCGAAGCAGUUGGACAUAUUCCACUUGAUCAUUUAGAUGAUAUGUUGGAUGAUGAUACAGAUGGAACUGAAUCAAUUGCCAGCUCAAAUCAACAAACAACUGCACCAACACCAACACCAAAACAACAACAGCAAGAAAAUGAAAAUGAGUUGAAUAUCACGACACCAACCAAAGAAGUUCCAUCGAGAAGUGGUUCAGCGGCUAGUUCGAUUACAAGUCCACCGGGAACACAUUUGGUGACUACGGCUAUGACUUUGGUGUCUAGUGCGAGCCUUGCUCCAAUUACACCCAAAGCUGUUAAGAGCAAAUCUGGAUAUAUUUUGUUUUCGGCUGAAGUGAGGAAACGAAUUAUGCAAGAGAAUCCGGAUUCUGGAUUUGGAGAGGUUUCGAAAAUUGUUGGAAUUGAGGUGGGUUUUUUUGAUUUUAGAAAAAUUCUGGAUCACGAAAGCCUAUUCAAAAAUUUCCUUCACAAAAAUCCACUGUUUCAAAAAUUCCAUAGAUUUUCUGAUUAUUUUUCGAAAAAAAUAAUGAUUGAGUGAUUAAAGAAGUACUAAAAUUGAUUUUGUAAAAAAAAAAAUUUCUUUUUUUUUCUGAUAUAAAAUCCACUGUUUCAAAAAUUCUAUAGAUUUUCUGAUUAUUUUUCGAACAAAUAAUGAUUGUUCAUCAAGGUUACCGGAAUUUUGAGAAAAAUCUGAAUUGAACCACAAAUAUUGUGCGAUCCAAGAAGUACUAAAAUUGAUUUUGUAAAAAAAAUUAUUUUUUUCUGAAAUAAAAUCCACUGUUUCAAAAUUUCCAUAUACUUUCUAGUCAUUUUUUCAAAAGUGAUACUCCUACCAUUCGUUCAUAACUGAAGUUACAGAGCAAUUUUCGACAGUGAGUUUAAAAAGCUAUCAUCUUUUUCACCUUCUUUUUUUUUUUUUGAAAUAAAAAAUCCACUGUUUCAAAAUUCCUAUAUAUUUUUUGAAAUUUUUUCUAAAACGAUAUUAAACUGGUUGAAUUUACAGUGGAAAAAAUUGUCCGACGAACAAAAGAAGCACUACGAACAACGUGCCGAAAUUGUUGCCAUCGAAAAAGCGAAACUUGACGCAAUCAAAUUGGCCGCCGAAAGAGCUCUUCAACCAGGACAAGUUCGAAUUUAUCAAUGUAAAUGGGCGAAUUGUGAUUCGCAAUUUGAUGCUGAAAGUGGGCUCAAUGAGCAUAUUAUUCAACAUCAUACAAGUCAGAUUAUUAGUGAGUUUUUCGGUGGGAAUUUGGGGGGAAAUCGGAGAAAAUUCUGAAAAAAAACUGUUCGGAAUAUCAGAAAAACUGGAAAAUUUCAGUUUUUUAGAGCUAAAUGUGAGCAUUGUCCUAAAACCCCUACAUUAUUUUUUUUAAAGCUAAAAUAACCAAUGUCUCACAAUUUUUAACGAAAAUUUGGAAAUUAUUGAAGAAUUUCUGAACAAAUACAAUUGUUGGCUCAAUUUUUAAAAGAAAAUAUAAAUUUUAAAAUUUUACUGAAAAUUUAAAAUUUAACUAAUCUUCAUCGAAAAAUCUUCUGAUGAAAAAACAAUCUUUCAACUCAUUUUUUUUGCAGUGGACAGCGAAAAUCAAUAUGUUUGUAUGUGGAUGACUUGCCUUCGAAAUCGAAAAGACGGAAAACCCUUUCCCUCAUUACCUCGAUUACAUCGACAUAUGAAAGAGAAACACAUUCCAUCAGCCUGUCGAAAUGUAUAUCAAAAUCAAAUUGGCAAGAACUUCUUCAAAUUUGUGAUGAAUGGUGAAAGUGCUCAACUUGUCAAUGCUCCAUAUGGUCGACUUCCUCCACCUGGACCAGUUCAACAAGUUCAACAACAACAGCAGCAACAUCCACAUUCCCAUCAGCAACAGAAUCAUCCACAACAACCGAUUCAAAAUGGAAUGUAUCAUCCACAUCAUCUUCAUCAGGGACCAUCAUCUUCACAAACUGCUCCAGCUCCACAACAAUAUCAGCAUCAAGUUGUUCAUCAAGUUAUUCAUCAGCAACAACAACAUCCAUCAAAUCAUGCUCCACAACCUCAACAAAUUCCGCAUCCUCACCAACAUCAACAAGUUCAACAGCAACCUCAGCCGCCACAAAUUCAACAACAAAUUAUUGAUCCGGGAAGGACGAUUGUGAGAGCUGUUGUGCCGAAUUUUGUGGCACCGCCUAACUCGAUUCAUUCGAGACGUGUUCUUCAUUCCGAAGCCUAUUUGAAGUGAGUCUUUUUUAAUAUGAGCAAAUUACAAAUUUUCGGAAUUUUCCGGAAACUUUGUCUCAAAGUUCCUAAUUUCUUAUAUUUCAGAUACAUUGAAUCGCUGGCCACAAAUCGGCAAAAAUCAGUUUCUCGAUGGGAAAGAAGUUUGGGAGCAACCCAUCGAAAUAUUCAACAAAGUGGACCUUCUCAACAAAAUGCUCAAAGACUGCCGGCUCAUUGGAUUAAGGUAUGUUUUUUUACCUGAAUCAUGGGAUUUUACAAAAUUGAAAGUCUACAACAAAUAUUGAAAGUUGUUCAAGUUUUGAAACAGUCAAUUAAAAAAAACGAAUUCCUCGUAAAAUUGCCUAAUAAUGUUUGGGCCCGGAAAAAUGUACAUUUUCUGAAACAGUAAAUUUUUGAAUUAUAGAAUUAUUGGAUUUUUAAAAUUUGAAAUUGUUUUCAAAAAUGUUGUGUGAAAGCAAGUAAACUUUUUGGUCCUGAAAUUACAAAUUUUUUGAAACAGUGCAUUUUUUCAAUGAUGAAAUUAUUUGAAUCAUUGAUACAAAAUAUACUUUUUCGGCCCUAGAAAUACACAUUUUUUGAAACAGUUGAUUUUUUCACUUAUAAAAUUGAUGUAAUUUUUUCAAAUAAUUUUUAGCAAUUCAGCAAAUAAUAUUUUUCGGCCUUAAAAAUACAUAUUUUUUGAAACAGUACAUCGUUCUUCCCUUCUCUUAAAAGAUCCAGAAAUUUCAUAAUUUCAAAAAAAUUAUUUUUUCCAGAAAAAUGAAAAUGGUCGACCAGUUGCCCGAGAAGAAGAUGUAACCCGUGCUCUUUGGAAAUUACGAGAUGAAUUAUUACAAUCGACGUGUAAUGUUUUGGUUGAUCGACAACAAUAA